AUGUCACGUACGAUCAUUGAAAACGACCGAAUGAGGCAAAUAAGAAUAUUUUGUGCUAUAUUUGGGUACAAAUUUAUUUUGAAGCUUUUACGACCGUUAAACAUAUCAUUAAAUCCACGUUUGGAAAGAAUUAAUAACGUAGUUAAGGAAGAAAUACAUGAAGUACUACGAUAUAAGAACAUUUCGAACCAAAAACAGGGCAAAAAUAAAGAUCAUCUUGACGAAAUUGCGCGUAAGAUAACAUUAUGGGCUGUGAAUAUAUUAGAAGAAACGGAUAAUAAGCUGUUAGAAGAGGAACUCAGGGAACUAGAAGAAGAAGAAGGACCAGUUUUAGAUUUAAUUGAUAGCUUAAUCGAAAGAGUUAUGGUGAGUUAA